CUUCAUUUUCCAACUUACACAAAAAAGCUCAAUAUUUUCUUAUGCUCCGUCUCAUUCUCUCUCUAAAAAUUAGCCCCCACCACAACCCUCUUUCUUACCUCUUCACGAGCUCCGGCGACACAAGAAGCGGCAGCUCGUCCACGAAAUCCGGCGUCACCGUCUCCGUUGGGCGGCGGCGGAAUCCGACGGCGCAAUCACGAGCGGCGGCGGUGCCCCGACGUUCGACGGCGGCAGAUCCCAGCGGUGGGGCGGUGACCGUGCAGACCCGAUAACCCCCUUCCAGCGAUUCUUCUCCCGGAGUGACAUAUCCGGCGAUCCUCCGACGAACCAGAUCUUGUAUAAUUUCAGACUCACGACAACUGGAUUAGCGAUUACCAUCACUCCGGUGAUUAAGCAACGUAGGUGAGUAAGGUAUUGCCACACGCUUCUGGAUCCCAGAGUGUACUUUGCUUUGGUUAUCCCUCUAAGCUCUCUCCAAUAAUGGCGAACGACAAUAAAGAAGAGCCGAAGACCGCGCCCCAAUCCGAACGGUGGUAUAAUCUAUCACUCGGUCCAUCCUUCAAGGACGAAUCCUCCAACAAAUUCUGCACUCUCCGAUAUGAAUUUAAACCGGCGUCAAUCGAUAAAACGAAGCCGGGAUCGUUGAAGAAGACCAAGGAUAAUAGGGUUACUGUUGAAUUUCAGAACAAUCAAUUGGGGAGACCCAAUGUGGCGUUUGUUGGUAGUAGUGAGGAUUGUAAGGAAAAUGAUGCCGUUUUGUUUUUUGACGGCGAGACAUUCCGGUUGGAGCGGCUACAUCGUGCAGUCACGCAUCUACGGCACGUUCGACAGGCGGAUGAAUCCGCUACCACGUCCAUCACCACUUCUGUCCCCCAUUCUUUGACGGUUCCGGAGCCUAGGUUAUCUCCUCCGGUGGCUAAAGUUACCAAACCAAUGCAUAUGGGUCGAAGCAGUUUUCCUGUGGUGCCGGUGGAGGUGGAAAGAAUAGAUAUUGGAGAGCCAGGAAAUACAGGUGCAAGCUCUGUCGCUGCUAGUAAAGAGGUUGCUGAUUACACAUCAGAUCCACCAAAUGUGUCUGCUCCCUCACCCUCUCCAGGCAUGGAUAAUGACGAUGAGCAUCAAGAUAUAGAUAUCGAUGAAAUUUUUGGGUCUGUAUCAUCUGACGAUGGAAACAAUGUUGAAGAAGAAAAAAUUGACGUUGGAUUUGAUAUAAAUGUACCACAUCAUAAUGAUACCGAUGAUGAGAUUGCUGAUGUGGAUGAUAGUGGCGACGAAGCUCAGAAGGGACCUAAUGCUGCAGAAGCCCUUAGAGCUCAGGUUAAUGCAGAGGGUAGGGACAAGCAGACGUCGAGUUCGAGUAGCAGCGAAUCAGGCAGUGGUAGUAGCAGUGGAAGUAGCAGCGGCAGUAGCGACAGUGAACACAGCGAUGAGGACUCAGUUACCUCAAUUUGA